CCAAAUUUCUCCAUACAAUUUCCACACCUAGACCCCCCCCCAAAGGGCCGAGCGAGCGUCCUCUCUUCUCACCUCUCGCAUAUUUUUUCUUCAGCUUUGGAAACACGCAUCCAUAAUACGACUGUCCAGUUCACUUCUCUGUACUUGACAAACCACUGACCCGACUCCCGACGUCCUCCUCCCUCAACCCCCCCCCCCCCAACAGGAAGGGAACCUCAACGAGACGCGCGCGCCCGCCCUCCCCUAUUUCCCGCCUCGUCUUCUUCUUCCCUUUUCUUAUCCUCCGCCGCCGUCAAGCUUGGCCCUUCUCUCUCACUCUCUCACACACAUACACAUCGGCAAGGUCACCACAUCGUCAAUAUGUCCCUUUUUGCAUGGUGCACUCGCCGCUCGGGCGGGCUGGCCAUGCUUGCCACGGUGGCCCUCUCUUACUGGGUUAUCUCCAAGGAGGCCGCCGUCUCCUACCACGACAUCUUCAAGUAUCACCAGCAGAGAGAUAGCUUUGCCGCAGCACCCAUGGACCCUACCACCCCCUCGCAGGGUGCGGGCAUCUGGACGGUUGUCUUCGCCUACUACACCCUCCUCAUCCACAUUCUCGUCGCCAUGUUCCCCCUGCGAUCCUGCUAUGCUCUUUGGGAGAUAACGAGGACCAUGAGAAAUGCUGCCCACAGCAAGGCUCUCCAGAACCUCAAGUUUGCCCACCGUCGCCGCGGCUCUUCGACCUCUCUCUCCAGCUCCGAGACUCUGACCUCCUCUCACGGCGGCUCCUCUACCAGUAGCGAGGCUGGCGACUUCGAGGCCGAGCUGUACACCGACGGCGAUGCCGAGCCCGACAAUAUCGUUCACGCUAUCGUCAUUCCAAACUACAAGGAGGAGCUGGAUACGCUGAGGGAGACGUUGGAGGUCUUGGGCAGCCACCCCCAGGCUCGCAAUAGCUACGAUGUCUACCUGGCAAUGGAAGUGCGCGAGAAUAACGUCGAGCUGAAAGCCAUGGGUCUUGUCCAAGAGUUCAUCAAGAAAUUCAGGUCUAUGGAUUUCACGAUUCACCCGGCCAACAUUCCUGGCGAAAGCGCUGGCAAGGGUAGCAACAUGGCUUGGGCCGUCCGCAAGCUGAGCGAGAAGUACUCUCUGGAAGCCCGCAAAGAUGUGAUUGUCACGGGUAUUGAUGCUGACAGCCACCUCUCCUCCAACUACUUUGCCCACCUCACGUCCAUGCACCUGUCCUACCCUGACACCGCCAACACGACCCUGUACGCUGCACCAAUCAUCUUUGACCGCAAUGCGCACAGUGUCCCGGCCCUCGUUCGCGUCGCUGAUAUCCUCUGGGCCAACGCCGGCUUGUCUGGACUCUACCGCGGCUCUACUAUCGCUCCCCCGACUUCAGUCUAUUCCGUCCCUCUCGAGCUGGUUGACCGUGUUGGUGGGUGGGACUGCGACCCCGAGGCCAUUGGCGAGGACUUGCACAUGUACCUGAAGUGUUUCUUUGCGCUGAACGGCAACCUGACCGUGCGGACCAUUAUCAGCCCUGUCAGCCAGAGCAACGUCACUGGCGGUGCCGGCGGCGGCUACAAGGGCGUGAUUGCCGACGUCAAGGCCCGAUACAAGCAGGCGAUUCGACACAUGUGGGGUGCCCUCGACUCGGGCUAUGCUAUGCGCAAGGUCGUCGAGCUCUGGCAGGAUAGGAAGCACACUUCGAGGUCGUUCCGCCCCAUCCACAGCGCUCUCAAUGACACCACAGACAUCUACGUUCCCGACAGCCAGACGGACCCCGAGGCGCCACCUGUCGAGAACGGCGUCUUCUCCGAUGUCACGCAUGAUACCCUCAAGGAGCCCAAUUGGGAGCGCAUCUUCUACCUGUUCCACCGGCUCUUUGAGGCGCACUUCCUCCCCCUGCAGACCACGAUUCUCAUUGUUGCCUCCACCCUGUACGUGUGGGUCACCGAGGGCAACGCUGAUGUCCACGGCGUCAACUGGAUCUUUGACAUCUGCAACAUCCUCAGGACUGCUGGUUUCAUGGAGGUGGCCUUCCUCCUGUUCCUGUACGAGGGCUUCCACAAGAUCUGCGUGCAGAGCCGUGAGAAGGAGAUGAACGACGCCGGCCUGGCCAAGGGCAUGAACUUCUCCCACCGGAACAUUACCAAGAACUGGAAGGAUUACUGCAUGGUCCCCAUGGUGGCUCCUCUGUUUGGCGCCAUCCCGUGUGCCCAGGCACAGAUCUGCCAUUUCUGGACCCUGGACCUGGUCUACACAGUCAGCAAGAAGGUGACCAGACAAAGAUCGCGAUCUGUGACAACAGCAGCCGCGCUGGCAUAAUGACCUUUUCACGAACAAAAAGAUGAAAACAACAACAAAGAAACCCCGUCCCUUCGCUUCUUUUAGCUUACGAUAUUUCAACGACCCUUUUUAUUUUCGUUUUAAAGACUUGCCCUUCGACUGGACUGGAAGCUUUGCCCACGUCUCGACCCAGACAAAAAGGAGAGGCUCGCGCCCCCUCUCCGCCCCAAUCCGCCUCGUAUACGUUCGAUUCUGUGCACACCUUUGGAGACUAUGGAGAUUCUUUUUUUGGAGCGGACACCUUUUUCUGAAGAACGUGUGUAAAUAGAGGGCAUGAUGUUGAUUUGCAUGGCAUGGCAUCGGCAUUUGGCAUCUAGAAAUGGGGACCAACUACAGCUUUUGGGGUUCUUAUCCGGAGUUUCAGGAGCAAUCGCGGCGAACGGUAUGGAAAAGAGGUAUCCUGCUUCGCCGCAUUACGUUCGCUACAUGGCAAAGAGAGAGAAAGAAGAAGAAGAAGCAGAAAGAAGGGAAAGGACAAUUGGGUCUCGUACACCAACACAAUGGAGGGUUUCUACGGACAAACCACCCUCGCUGCACGACAUGGGAAUGGACCACGACAAAGACUGGCCCCGGGCCUGAGGGGAGGGCUAGCUCGGCCGGGCAGUCAGACAAACCU